CUCACCGCCCGCCGGCAGGGAACGCUGCAGCCGUCCGCCAAGCGGGGUCGCCCCCUCCCGGCCUGCGGGCGCUCGAGGCGGCCGGACGCUCUCUAUGGCCGUUGCUAGUGGCAGGGGCUUUGUUUACUUCCGGCGGCGGAGCGGCGCGGCGCCGCCGUGGAGGGGGUUGGGGGCAGCGCCCGCCCGGAGUUGCCAUGGCCGAGGAGGGGGAGCUGCCAGUGCCCGAAUCAGGUGCUGUUUUCACAUUCGGAAAAAGCAAAUUUGCAGAAAACAUUCCUAGCAAGUUCUGGUUCAAAAAUGACAAGCCUGUACACAUAUCAUGUGGAGAUGAACAUACUGCUAUUGUUACAGGAAACGGUAAACUUUACAUGUUUGGCAGUAACAACUGGGGCCAGUUAGGACUAGGAUCAAAGAAUACUGUCAGCAAACCAACAUGUGUUAAAGCUUUAAAACCAGAAAAAACUAAACUUGCUGUUUGUGGAAGAAACCACACAUUAGUUUACACAGAAAAAGGAAAUGUAUAUGCUGCUGGAGGUAACAGUGAAGGUCAGUUGGGAUUAGGUGACACAGAGGAAAGGACCACGUUUCAUUUAAUUAGUUUUUUUACCAGCGAGCACAAGAUCAAACAGCUAGCAGCUGGAUCAUACACCUCAGCAGCAAUAACUGAGGAUGGACAGCUUUUUAUGUGGGGUGACAAUUCGGAAGGUCAGAUUGGCUUGGCUAAUGAACCCAGUGUCUGUGUCCCUUGUCAAGUGGUUGUCGGAAAACCUGUUUCCUCAGUAUCCUGUGGAUAUUAUCACUCUGCCUUGAUAACAGGAGAUGGUGAGCUCUAUACUUUCGGAGAACCUGAGAAUGGGAAACUGGGAUUGUUGCCUGAACAGCUGAAGAACAGUAGAAUCCCACAGCCUGUACGAGGAAUUAUGGAAAAGGUUAAUGAGGUUGCUUGUGGUGGAGGACACACCGUGGUGCUUACAGAGACAAAUGUAUAUACUUUUGGACUUGGACAGUAUGGACAACUGGGACAUGGUACUUUUAUUUUUGAAACUUCCAUACCAAAGUCUGUGGAGCACUUGAGGAGGCAUAAAAUACGUAACAUUGCAUGUGGGGAAAAUCAUACUGCUGUAAUAGCAGAGAAUGGCCUCAUGUUUACCUUUGGAGAUGGGCGACAUGGCAAGUUAGGACUUGGAGAAGAGAAUUUUACAAAUCAGUUUGAACCCACUCUAUGUUCUAACUUUUUGAGGUUCACAGUCCUUUUGGUUGCUUGUGGUGGUUGUCACAUGCUAGUUUUUGCUGCUCCAAGGCCUAAAGGAUCUGAAGAAAUACUAUUAGAAGAUUUGUAUGAAAACUGUUUGACCACUACUAUCUCUAGAAUGAGCGUAGAUUCAUCCGUAACAAGCACCUUACAACGAACGUUAUCAGCACGAAUGCGACGUCGAGAGAAGGAGAAAUCACCAGAACAGUUUAUUCGGAUAGUACAAACCCUGCCUCCACUGGGAGAAAACUUUUUAAAAUCUUCAUUGCAUGUGACUAGCAACACUAGCCCACCCUGUUUUUCUGCUGCAAGUCUUCCUAAAGCUAAGCCUAUGGAGUUGGACCAUGAAACAGAGAAGAAUCAUCAAAAAGAUAAACUCAGUGAAGGCUCUGCAGAAGAAGAUUCAGAUGAUGAAAAUCACAGAAACCUUGGAGAUACAACUGACAUCCUAAACAUGACACAUGUGAUGAAAUUGAAUCCCAGUGACCAGUCCUUAAAAUUAUCACCAAUGCAAAAACAAAAGAAGAACAAUAAAAAUGUGAAACCGAGAAAAGAUGGUAAAGGUGGGAUGAAAAACGCUGAUUCUAAUUUCAUGCUGGAGGGUUCAAAAUUAGAUUCUGUUUCUUUAGAAAAGCAGUCUUCACUUUCAGAGUCACUGGGACAAUAUGUAGACUUAGAAAAAAGUAGUGCCUUUGUAGGGAAGCCUAUCACUGACAAAAAAAACAUGAAAGGUAAAUAUGAGCAGGCACAAAGUUUUGGUACUUUGAAAAGUGGUUUUCGACAAAUUGUUAGGGACAAAUGCAAACUAGUGAAAAGUAAAAAAGAAUAUUCAGAAAAUCCUGAAUCUGUCAAACAGGAAAUAACUUAUGAUCUUUCCAGUGAAAAACAAAUUCUGACUGAAAAAACAAAUUCUUCCAAUAAAAAGUCAAAAUUUGUUAAAUCUAAGCAAUCCUUGAAAACAGACCUACUUCCUUCUGCAUGCAGUGAUCAGCCCCAGACUCGUUCAUUAGUUGUACAAAAAUACAAUCUUGUUAAAAAGCAAGGAAGUAAAGAAGCAGUAGAACGUGAAAACAAAACAAAGGGUGGAAUCGAAAAAGCUGAUAAAUAUGAAAGAAUAUCUGUCAGAGAGGAAGAAAGUAAUGAUGAACAGAGGGAAUUUAAAAAAAAGGAUCAAUUUUUGAAACAAAUAGCUGAAACUACAUCAUCAUCUUCAAGUGAGGAAAGCAGUAAUGAACUUGCAAAAUACAUGCUUAAGAGUAGGGGGAAAAAAGAGGACUACUGUGAGGGCAAGGAUACACAGAAGGCAACAAAAGCAAUGGAAAAUGUGAAAGAUUUGGAAGUACAAGAAGAAGAUAGUGAGACUGAAGAGAAAAAAGUUACAAAUAAUGAAAAAGAAUAUGUAGAAGAGACUGAUAUAAAAGGUAUGAAUGAGGAAGAAACAAACUCUGAAGCUAAAUCUGAUGAAGGCAGACAGGUAGAAGUUAAGAACGAAGUGGAAUCCAUUCAAGGGCAAGAGAGUGAAGACAGUGAAAAGGCUGAAAGCGAAAAAGAAAAACUGGAUGAAAAAAUUGACAGUGAAGUUGAACUAGGGGAGGAAGAAGAAGAGAGUGAGGUUAAAAGAGAUAGAGACAUUUCAGAAGAAAGAGAUGCAGAUGCAAAGGAAAAAGAUAGUCAGGAAGAAAAUGAAAGAGAUGAAUCACAGGUUGAAAGAGACAGUGAGAAUGAGGAUGCAGAAGAGGCAGAAGAGACUCAUCAAGAAGGAUAUGGCAAAGAGCAAGGAGAUCAGGAAGGCAGAUUUAUAGAGGAAGAAGAAAUACUGAGUGAGGGAGAAGAGGAUAUUGAGGAGGAGGAGUAUGCAGAAGAGGAACAAAUGGAAAAAGAAAAGGAGGAACAGGUUAAAAGUGAAGGAAGGGACCAGAGUGAGGAGGGAAGAGAAGACAGAGAGAGGGAGGAAGAAGAAGAGGCAGAAGCAGAGCAUGAGGGAGAAGAUGAGAAGGAAAAUGAAGAAGAAAGGGAAGAAAGAGAGGAUGAAGGAGACAAAGAGGGUGAAGAGGAAGAGUCAGAGGAAGCAUUGGCAGGGAGGGAGGAAGAAGAGGUAUCAGAAGAGGAACAGGAAGAGGAAGAUGCAAAUGAAACAAAAGAGGAGGUGCAGAAGGAUAGAAUGGAAGAGGAAGGAGAGGAAGAUGGGGAGGAUGAAGUGGAAGGAGAAGAGGAGGAGGAGGAAGAGGAAGGAAUAGAGGUAGAAACAGAAGGGGUGGAGGGGGAAGAAGAAGAUGAAAACAGGGAUGAAGAGAAGGGGGAAAAUGAAGAAGGAAAAGAGGGAGAAGAAGAAGAAGAGGGAGAAGGGGAGGAAGCAGAAGGAGAAGAGGAAGUGGAGGAAGAAGGGGAAGAGGGAGAGGAGGAGGAAGAAGGGGAAGAGGGGGAGGAGGAAGAAGAAGGGGAAGAGGGGGAGGAGGAGGAAGAAGGGGAAGAGGGGGAGGAGGAAGAAGAAGAGGAAGAGGAAGGAGAAGGAGAGGAAAAGGAAGAGGAGGAAGAAGGGGAGGAGAAGGGAAAAACAAAACAUAAAAAAAAGGUUGAUAGUAAUAAGCUUCCACAAAAGAAAAACAAAAACAGCAGGAAGCCAGAGAAGACAGAAAGUACUGCUGUACCAAACAGCUCUAAACAAAAAAUGAAGUCCAAACACUGUGUAGCAAAUGGAUUACAUACUUCAGAGCAAUUUUGGAACAGUGUGUUACCUCAUUAUUUAACACUGAAGUAGCAUAGACUACUGGAGAUGCAUUUUAAGCCUUUUCAGGGUGCUUUAGAACUAUUUUAGAUUGAUUUUUAUUACUUGAAAAAUUAUUUUAAAAUGUAGUCAAAAUAUAUUAUUAUGCACAUGCUUUAAGUGCCAAUUUCUUGAAAAGGACUGGAGAAAAUAUUUGGAUUUGGUAGCUUGUAUGAGAUAAAAAUGAUAUAAAAUGUUGAUACAGUCAUUUAUACAGCCAUCUUUGU